GCCUGAUAUUGUAUACGAAGUUUCAACGCUCGUGACCGAUUAUCACCAAAGUCAGAUGAAAUUAACGCUAUAGUAAACGGCUUUGAGAAAAUAUUUUACAAUUCUUAUAUCUGUGUAUUUAUAUAAACAAAAGAGGUGCAAAAUUUUUUGUUAACGAAAUUCGAAUAAUUUUGUUAAUUAAGUGUUGAAGAAAAAAAAUGGAGCAAAUUUUGUAGUGUAUCCAGCACUCAAAGUGUCUUUAGUCAUGAGAACAUUUCGUGUUAGGGAAAGCCUUAUUCUUCCCUUCAAGGAUAACAGCAGAAUCUAUAGCAAAGGAUCAAAAACCUAAUUUUUAAUAAAUUAUUAUCGAUUUUCAAGAAGAAAAAAUAGAAUCAAAAGUAUCAAUUUCUGUCAAUCGAUAAUUAAUAAACAAGAGAUUUACAAUAUAAAGCAACGCAUAAGUCUGAAUAGUAUUUAAAAAAUUGUGUGUCUGGUCAAUUUUAUUUAAAAAAAAAAAACGAAAUGGAAUAAAAAGCGUGCCUUGAAAGUAUUUCGUAAAGUGAAUUUUUGACAGAUCGUUGCAUCAGCCGUUUCUUUUUUUGACUGACGCUUCAUAGGAAAACCCCCUUUGUUCGUCGAUAAUAGUACAAAAUUACUGUGAUAUAAACCACCCUCUACUAUAUAAACUACAAUUAUACCAGGCCAGCCAGCUGGGCCAUUCUUGUAGUGUGACUGGUCACCUGGACUACAAGACUUGUGAUAAACGAAUUUGGUUAUUACGUUUAUUCGUAGUCACCGUCCGUCACACAUUGCAGGAAUGGACACAUCGGGCUUCCCUGUAGUACCGGAUGCAAUCCAACCUCUCCUGGAGCAACUCCAAGAAGCUCUUGUGCUAGAGGUGAAAUAUCAGCCCAAUCUUCAAUUACCAAUAUCCACUCAGAAUGAUGAAAUCACAAUGGGUGCACGCGAUGGCUCGGCCCACGUACUUAGAUGUCUAAAAGUUUGGUAUGAUCUUCCAUCGGACGUAUUUUUCAUCGCCAUCAAUUUAAUUGAUCGAUUCCUUACAAAAAUGAAGGCCAGACCAAAGCACAUGGCCUGCAUUAGUGUAUCAUCAUUUCAUAUAGCCGCCGUCCAAAUGGCUCAGUCACUUGAUGCCGAUCAUUUAGUUUCCAUCUCGCAGUGUAAAUGCACCGGCGGUGAUUUAAAACGUAUGUCAGAUGUUAUUAGAAAUAAAUUAGAAUGGGCACCUGGCACACAACCCAUCACUGCCCUUUCUUUUCUUCGUCUAUUUAACGUUAUGUUUCACACUGUUGCAUCAAAAAUGGGUCUCGGUGAACUCUAUGCCAGCGUUGUUUCGGAAUCUGAAUUACUUUUGAGAUUGGAAAUGAUUGUUUGCAAUGGUAAUUGCGCGAAUUUGAGACCAUCCGAGAUAGCGUUGGUUUUACUUUGCACGUAUUUGGAUGCUGCUGUGAAUCGUCUUGAUUCAAAUGCGGAUGCAACGAUGAUUUGUUCUAUUGCCGGACCUUCUUCUAUGACAAUACCACCAACACCUGCGCACGAAAUGCUUAGAUUGGUCGAAUUCGCUGCUGAUUUACAAAAAAUUUGCAAGAUCUCAGACGGUAGUUUCUUUUCAACUCACGAAGCGGUUGGUGCAAUACUCAGCAAAUAUAAUGCACAGGAACAAACUCCACACAGACAGAGGCUCAUUUGGAAAUUAUCAUCAAGAACAGCUCGUCUUUUGAGACCCACUGAUAAAUUUACAUCAGUAUUGCCAGUUAUUGCCGAACACGCUCCCGUUCCUUCGCCCAGUAGAAUUAGAAAAAAUCGGAAAUUCUCUCGUCGCCAUGGAAACAAAAGACGCUAGAUGUAAGUAAUUUAUUAAGUUUUUUUUUUUUUUGAUUUCACAUCUCCACAAAAUUAGAUAACUACAAAAAAAAGAAAAAAAAAAUUAAAAAAUAGUUUCCAAGGUACGAAGAAUGGAUACGAUGUAUAAACGUGCAAACAAGGCUUCAAAAAAAAAAAAAAAAAAAAGAUGUAAAGUGGCCUGCUUAGAUGUUAUUAGAUUUUAUUUUAAAGUGGCGUGAUUUUUAGUCUUUACUCCUGAA